AUGAUUGAGACCAGUGCAUUGAGUAUGUUGGACAGAACUGAACCAGCGCAGUGCACAGUGUGCUGCUGCACUCUGGUCAAUAAAAUCUUCAUGGUGCUCUUCAUGGUGCUGCUGAUAUUCGCCACCUUAAUUGGGAAUUUGGUGACGCUGGCUGUGGUGGUGGGGAACAAACACUUCCACACGCCGCAGGGCUACCUGAAGGCCUCCCUCGCUGUUGCUGAUCUGGCUGUGGGGAUAUUUGUGGUGCCGUUGACGGUCUAUGCUGAGGUCUACAUUAUGGUAGCUGGCUCAGCACCUGAGUGGACCUCAUACAACUCCCAAUCUGUGACGUUUCACCCGUGCAACAUCAUUGGUCCAAUUUUUGCUGGGUGCACCUUUGUCUCCAUCACAACCAUCUUCCUGCUCACAAUAGAGCGGAGCAUUGCAGUGCUGAGGCCGCUGCACAAGGACUCUGUUAUUACUCGUAAAAGGACAACAAUCCUCAUUUUCUUCUCCUGGGUGGGGAGUUUCUUCUUGGCUGUGUCUCCAAUGGUCUUCAGCAGUGAGAUUGCGCUUGAGUAUAACUCCUGCAGCAGGAUGUGUAACUACGCUUUGGGGACCAUUGGCGAGUUUCCCAGCCAGGCUUGGAACAUUCUCCUCCUUUACCCUGCAUUUGACUUUACUCUGCUCGGAGGUACUGUUGUCAUUAACAUCAUUUCUCUGUCCAGCAUCAGGCAGCACUCAAAACACAGGAAAACACUGGCAGAAACUGAAAUCCAUACCACAAGUAAUCCAACCUUCUCAGACAUUAAGGCAGCUAAGACCAUAGGGACUCUGACAGUGGCCUUCACGGCGUCCUUCACCCCCAUCGCCGUCUUUGUGGUUGGGAACGUUUUGGGAAACGAAUGGUGCAACUUCUCCUUCUUUGCCUUCUGGAUUUUGGCUACAAACAGUUGCUGGAAUGUCAUUAUAUACAGCGUGAGGGAUCAGAAAUUCAGACUGCGUGCACAUAAACUUCUUAUGCCUCACAGACAAAACACCACCAAAACAUAA